AUGGGUGCUCCUAAGCAGAAAUGGACUGCAGAAGAAGAAGCUGCAUUGAAAGCUGGAGUAGUCAAACAUGGGGCAGGAAAAUGGCGCACCAUACUUACAGAUCCUGAAUUUAGUGCCAUUUUGCGCAUGCGUUCAAAUGUAGAUCUUAAGGAUAAGUGGCGAAAUAUAAAUGUGACAGCAAUAUGGGGAUCCCGGCAGAAGGCAAAGCUUGCUCUUAAGAGGAACCUACCUGCCCCCAAAAUUGACAUUAACCAUAUGGCCUUGAGUACCAUAGUUCGACAUGAUGAAGUUCUUGAUACUAAGCCUUUAGCAGUUUCUGGUGCACCAUUACAAUCUUCUAAUUUGAAAGAACAAUUGCCAAGGUUGGUAGAUAAUCAUAUAUUAGAGGCCAUUGUCUACAUGAAGGAGCAAAAGGGUUCUGACAAGGCUGCCAUUAUUUCUUACAUAGAGGAAAAAUACCAGUCUCCACCAAAUCUCAGUAAAUUACUGUCAACCAAACUGAAGCAUAUGGUAGCAAGUGGCAAAAUAAUCAAGGAAAAGCAUAAGUACAGGAUUGCAUCAAGUUCAACUGUCUCUGAGAAAAGAAGAUGCACAUCAUUGAUACUUUUGGAAGGGAGGUCCAAAGAUCCUUCAGAAGCAAACAGGAAUGAUGAUGUCAGCAUCCUUUCAAAAUCCCAAAUUGAUGCAGAGAUAUCAAAAGUGAAGGGCUUGACAGCUCAAGAGGCAGCUGCUGCAGCUGCAAAAGCAGUUGCAGAGGCAGAGGCUGCCAUUGCACAGGCUGAGGCAGCAGCUAGGGAGGCAGAGGCUGCUGAAGCUGAAGCUGAAGCUGCUCAAGUGUUUGCAAAAGCAGCAAUGAAGGCUCUAAAAUGCAAAUUGCUUCAUAUUUGGUAG